AAUCGGCGACUGCACGCCGUUUUCCCAAUACUUCGCAUUCCCCGCUCCAAGCCCCCCCCCGGAACACAACACACACACAAAAAAAAAAACACCAUGUCGCUGCAGUCGGACGCCGUUUUCCAGAAAAUCAUCGAUGGACUGAAGGAUAACGAGGCCAAGGCCAAGUCGGUCAACGGAGUGUUCCUCUACAAAAUCACCAAGGACGGCAAGGUGGCCAAGGAGUGGACUCUGGACUGCAAGAGCGCCAAGGCUUACGAGGGACCCGCCCAGGGCGUCAAGGUCGACACCACCCUGACCGUCGCCGAUGAGGAUAUGGUGGACAUUGCUUUGGGCAAGCUGAACCCCCAGGCUGCCUUCAUGAAGGGCAAGCUGAAGAUUGCCGGCAACAUCAUGCUCACCCAGAAGCUGGCCCCCCUCCUCAAGACCGACGCCAAGUUGUAAGAAGGCUCAGCAGACACCACCAACCACAACAAUAACAACCGACAGAGGGAUCAAAAUUAGGAGCAGGAGCAGGAUCAUCAUCCAGCAGCAGCACAUUCCUCACCAAAAAGUGUGUGUGUGUUUUUUUUUUUAUAUCGUAUUGUGUGUAUUGUAAUCUUAAAUAUGUAUUUUUUUGUUUCACUUCAUAUAUAAAUUAAUAUAUAUGUUAUUUUUGUACGGGAAUUCAUCCACAAAAAAUAAUACAUAAGGAGAAAUCGAAA